CGCCGAGCGCGGUGCGGACACAGCAGGCUCGGCGCUACACCGGCGCCGGGCGGGCUUUGUGCGGAGCUCCGGAGACCUUGCAGGCUCCGACCUCGGCUCGCCACGCCCACCGCGACCCCUGCUGCGGGCCAGCGGAGACCCGGCGGCCUCUCGGGACUGGGCGAGAGCCAGUGCCGGGCAGAGGCGUGCGUGGCGGCCGGGGUCGAGGCGGGGACUCCCGGCAGCUCACUCAGUGAGCUGGAUCUUGGAGCUCCCAGGAACAUUUGCAAGUUGAUUCCAUCAUGGCAGAAGUCAAGGUGGAGGUGGCCAGCAUAGACUGGCAGAAACGCUGCCUCUCUCUGGAAACACAGCUUGUGCGCUUCCGCCUUCAGGCCAGCAAAAUAAGAGAACUGCUGGCUGACAAGAUGCAGGAGCUGGAACAGAGGCUGCUGGAGGCGGAGCAGAGAGCUGAGAAUGCGGAGACUCAGGUGGGUGUGAUGGAAGAGAAGAUAAAACUGUCCAAUCUGAAAAACGUGGACUCCACCGGUAGCUUGCACCGAAGGUACCAAGAAUUGCUGAAAACCAUGCAAGGCAAAGAUGAGCUCAUCAGCCAGCUGCAGGCACAGCUGGAGAAGCAGAAGCAGACUAGAGCUGAAGAAGCCAAAAUUGUUCAAGAAAAAGCUGCAAAGAUCAAGGAAUGGGUGACAGUAAAGUUAGCAGAGCUCGAAAUGGAGAACCAGCACCUGAAAACCUGCAACCAGCAGCUGGUGGAGCAGGUGGAAGCCCUGCAGGACGCACUUGAGGAUCUCCGGAUGACACCUUCAGAGAAGCUGCUAGUGGUCCCUCAGGGAACCCCAGAGCAGGAUCCUGUCCCUUCAGGGCCUGCGGCCCAGCCUGUGGAGCAGGACAGUAAUCGCCAUACUCAAAUUCUGAAGAUGGCUGUGCCUGCACCUUCUCUGAGUACCCUGCAGAGCAAGGACUCUGUGUCAGAAGCCAGAAGUCUUGAGGAUUUGAGCUUCAGCAUGGGCCACCCUAGGGAAACAGCAGGGGCCAAGACCCUUAAGUCUCAUCUUGAGAGAGAGGGCUCUCCCAGCCAGUUGUUCAUGAAGCCUGGCAGCUCCAAACGCGGGUCAGCCUUUCACAGGGGGGAUCUGGUCACUGCCCAGGGAGGGACACUCCCUGGGACCAAGAUCUCUGCCAGGGAAGGUGGCCCUGGUAGUAGCCUGACCCUUCCAAAGGUGCGGGCUCCCAGUGUCCCCCAGGACAGCUUCCAAGUGGCCAAAAGGCACCAUAGUCAGCCCCAGGUGGGCCCUGGGCAUUUUGACCAUGUGCUGAGCAUUGAGAUUGGGGCUCUGUCAGCCCUCCGCACAUCUGGCUGCCCCACGUCUGAAGUCAGAGCUAAGGCUGUGGAAGAAGCAGAGAAGAUGGAGAUGGAGGAGCUGCCUCCAACAGGGAAGCAGGAUGAGAGAGAGAGCCCGAAGCCCCCCAGAGCUGACCUGGAGGAAGUGGAAGCAGAGAACAAGCCGCCCACACCCCCACUGCACCGGUUUCCGUCCUGGGAGAGCAGGAUCUAUGCGAUGGCCACGUCAGGCAUGCAGCUGUCAGAUGUGUCGUUCCGAAGUAAUGCCGCCUGCUGCGCUUCAGGCCCUCCUGCCCUUGCGUUCCCUGGGGCUUUCUCUGGCCUUGUCUACAAGAAUGUCACUGUGCCUGUGUACACAGCGCUGAAGGGGAAAGCCACACAGAUCAGCAGUGUGCCUUUUGUGGAUGAAUCCUCUGGAUCUGAUGACGACUGCGGCUCUCAAGCGAGUUUCCGGAUGUCAGUCCCCUGCUCUGAGUAUAGGAAGACCAGUGGACUAGGCAGCCCCCGGGCCAUCAAGAGAGGCGUCUCCAUGUCCUCACUGAGCUCCGAGGGUGACUAUGCCAUCCCUCCUGAUGCCUGCUCACUGGACAGUGACUACUCAGAGCCUGAGCACAAACUCCAGCGUACUUCAUCGUACUCCACUGAUGGGGAGGCACUGGAGAAGUCGGGCUACCUGCUAAAAAUGGGGAGCCGGGUGAAGACAUGGAAGAGGCGCUGGUUUGUCCUGAGACAGGGACAAAUUCUAUACUACAAGUCUCCGGGUGAUGUCAUCCGGAAACCUCAAGGUCAGGUGGAUCUGAACUCUCACUGCCAGAUUGUCCGAGGGGAAGGAGCACAGACAUUUCAGCUCAUCUCAGAAAACAAAACCUACUACCUAACAGCGGAGUCCCCCAGCCUCCUGGAAGAGUGGAUCCGUGUCCUACAGAGCCUGCUGAAGGUGCAGGUCACUGGCCCUCCAGCCCUGCAUCAGGGAGGCAGCAAGCCUACCGUGAAGGGCUGGCUGACCAAGGUGAAGCAUGGCCACUCCAAGCUGGUCUGGUGUGCCCUUGUUGGGAAAACCUUCUACUAUUACCGGAGCCACGAGGACAAGAGACCCCUGGGCUGCCUGCCUAUGCAGGAUGCUCACAUAGAGGAAGUAGAUCGAUCCUGUGACUCGGAUGAAGACUACGAGGCUGGAGGAACUGGGCGGCUGCUUUCCUCCCACUGCACCUUGGUGGUCCACCCCCCAGAGCAGAGCCCCACCUACCUCCUCAUAGGCACCAAGCACGAAAAGGAUACAUGGCUUUACCACCUCACAGUGGCUGCGGGUGGCAGCAGUGCCAAGGUGGGCACUGUCUACGAGCAGCUCAUUGGGAAACUGAUGGAUGGUGAGGGAGACCCAGACUCCCCGCUCUGGAGGCACCCCAUGCUGUGCUACAGCCGAGAUGGGCUAUGUACCUCCCUUACCACCCUGCCCUCCGAGGCUUUGCAGACGGAGGCCCUCAAGCUCUUCAAGUCCUGCCAGCUCUUCAUCAAUGUGCCUGUGGAGGCUGCCUCAGUGGACUACCAUGUGUCCCUGGCACAGACAGCACUGCAGGUCUGCCUUGUCCACCCUGAGCUCCAGAGCGAGAUCUACUGCCAGCUCAUGAAGCAGAUCAGUUGCCGCCCGCCGCAGAAGUACUCGCUCAUGCAGUGCUGGCAGCUCCUGGCUCUGUGUGCCCCACUCUUCCUGCCUCAGCAUCACUUCCUCUGGUAUGUCAAACAGCAGCUUCAGCGCCACGCAGACCCCAGAAGUGAAACUGGCCAGUAUGCCACAUACUGCCAGCGAGCAGUGGAGCGGACCCUGCAGACUGGAGAACGGGAGGCCCGGCCAUCACGUAUGGAAGUUGUGUCCAUCUUGCUACGAAACCCCUUCCACCACUCCUUACCCUUCAGCAUCCCUGUGCACUUUGCCAAUGGGACUUACCAGGUGGUUGGGUUUGAUGGCUCCUCCACGGUUGAUGAGUUCCUCCAGCGGCUGAACCAGGAGUCGGGCAUGAGGAAGCCAUCCCAGUCUGGCUUUGCCCUCUUCACGGACGAUCCUUCGGGCAGGGACAUGGAGCACUGUCUUCAAGGGCGUGUCAAGAUCUGUGAUGCCAUCUCCAAGUGGGAACAAACACUGAAGGAGCUGCACCCCGGAAAGUCUGAGGGGGGCACGCGUGUUGUGAAGCUGAUGUAUAAGAACAGGCUAUACUUUCGAAGUCAAGUCAAAGGGGAGACAGAGAGAGAGCGGCUGCUACUUGCCUUCCAAACCAGUGGAGAAAUAGUGGCAGGAAGAUUUCCAGUCACCAAGGAACUGGCUCUUGAAAUGGCUGCCUUGAUGGCCCAGGUGGAACAUGGGGACUUGGAGAAGCCUGUGCUGCCAGCCUCUGGGGGUACACCUCCUGCCAAAGCGCAGCACCUCCUCCAGCAGGUUCUUGACAGGUUCUAUCCAAGGCGCUAUCGAAAUGGAGCACCACCGGAGCAGCUGAGGCACAUGGCAGAUACGAUGGCCACCAAGUGGGCAGCGUUACAAGGCUGCUCCCCUUCUGAGUGCAUCCGCAUCUACCUGACUGUGGCCCGGAAAUGGCCUCUUUUUGGUGCUAAGCUCUUUGCUGCUCAGCCUGUCCAGCUGUCUUCUAAGGAGAACGCUCUGGUGUGGAUUGCUGUGAACGAGGAUGGUGUUAGCAUCCUGGACCACCGCACUAUGCAAGUGCACAUCACUUAUCCCUACUCUUCAGUGGCAACGUUUGGUGGCUGCAGGGAUGACUUCAUGCUUGUGAUUAGAUCCACUCCAGACCAGAGCUCUGGAAAAAGCCACAUUGACAAGCUGAUCUUCCGAAUGCCUACUCCCAAGAUUACAGAAGCUACCUUCAUGAUGGCCAGCUACAUGAACCACUCUUCUGCAACUGUGAACCUAUCUGCCAAGCUGCCUGCGACCCGCCAGCCUCGAGACCUGGAUGGACGGUUCUUUGCUUCUGUUUCCUGCACUAAGGGGCCAGCUUUGCUGUGAACGUUUCUCCUCCCCAUACUCCUGCCACCACUGGUGUCUCUGGGAUUAGAUUUAUAUCCUGGAGCAUGCUACUACUGUGAUGGGUCUGAUGGCCCCCUCAAACUGUUCUGUGAAAUGUGUGUUGCAGGGUCUCUGAAACCUUUGGACCGAUAGGUGCCUUAUCUUCCAAGGCCCAACGCUUUCAGAUCCAGACCCAAUAUCAAAACCACUAUUUCUUUUACAAGAAUACUGACUCUGGAUCCUACCUGAUGCUAGACUGAAACAGGGAUAGCCCAGUUACCAGGGCAAUGGUACUGUAUUUGGGGCUUCUGCACUGAUACUCAGGGAAGCUCAUCUCUUUAUAUUGUACGUGCUCUUUAUGUGGGGACUGAUACUUGAAGUUUUCUGAACAUCCCUAAACAAAAAAAGGACUAAAAUUCCUAAUUCACCUAAACUCCAGCAGAUGCCUACAAAUCUCUAAAAUUGGACUACUUUCUCAAAUGAGAAAAACAACAGCAGAGCUGGAGAAAGAAAUGACGCGCUUCCCAACUAUUGGUGAGGAGGCAUUUGCCAGGCUCCUACUGGGGCAGCAGCUCUGAUCUUUUCAGGACAGCACACUAUUCCUGUUAAGAUGAAAGCUUUUUCUCUCACACUGGACUAGCAUAGGCAGGGCUGGAUCUAGUCUGUACCCUCCCUGUGUCAUGUGCUCUGUGAAGGCUGUGCUCACUACUGAAGGACAAGGUGGCCAUCAUCUCCGUUGGUUGCUGCUCUGUGAGGCCACCGGAGACAACAGGUCAGGAACACUGAAGACCCCUCCAUCCUGCAUUGCUCACCAAGACUUGGUAGAUAGAUGCCUUCUGGAGAUUAGUUGGAAGCAAAGAGCAUGUAUGAUAUCUGCCCUCGUGAUAUGUGAAGUAGUUUCUUUCAACCAUUGCCUUCCCGAGAACAUGUAAUCUCUCUCAACUCAUACCUUCUAAUUGAUUUUGAUGAAGAUGAUCUUUAUCUCCACCUUCCCCCACAAAUAAUAAUUGAAAGAAAGUUCAUACUUUAGUUUUUCAACAUAUAGAAAACUAAGUUUUAUUGUGUAGCUCUAAGGCUGGUUUUUUUUUU